AUGAUGGAGGUGGAUACCUUAACAGACUGUGAUGAUAGGAAAUGCAAGAGGCCAAAGGGAAUGGUGGGAGGUGUUACCAACGAGAGGAGGUAUAGGGAAAGGUGGAUCAAAGCAUUUGAAGAUUACCUUCACCUAAGCAAAAGAGACGGGUGGUACCUGAAGAAACUACAAGAUCUUCAAGAAAAGAUGUGGACCAGCAGGAGCAGGAAAAUUAUCUAUUUAAUACAGAGAGAGUACUGGCUGCCCAUAAUAACCAUUGACAGCUAAAAAGAUGGGGCAACCUUACUUAGGUCAUUAAUAAAUGACUUUGUAAACAGCAUUACAACUCCACGCCGAUUAAGUGUGUAUUUCAGAAAUGGGCAUAACCGCUGGAUUUUGUACCCUGAAGGCUCAGUUUAUUCCUCCGGACUUUCCCUUCGAGAGUGCUCGUUUUGACUCGGUUCAAAGAAGGUGAGAUUUUAUGGCGGAAGACUCAGAAGCGAAUUCAAAGGAAUUGAACAAUGGCUUAAUUAAGCUGCCUAGGGCCACGAAGUUUUAAAGGUAUCCUUUUGUUCUAAAUGUGUCAAUAAAACUGCAGAGAAUUAUCGCACAUAUCACGGUAGAAGUUUAUGGAUUUAAGUCUUUCGCAAAACUUCUUCGACUUGGGUACGUAUCUUUCAAAAAGGAGAGUUUUGAGAGCUUCAAAAAGAGAUCUUGAACGAGAAAUUUCGACCACUGUGGACCGAGAUUGGAUUUUUUUUCUUGCCGAGGUUUCGAAGUACAAAGCAAGCCGCUGAAGCAUUUUUUCUCGCCUAUCGCUUAAUAAAAUCCGGCCGGCCGAGAGUUAUCCAUUCAUUCAGUCACAACAGUUAUUCAUUUCUCCAGAGUAAUCAAACUAUACAAGCGUUUCUACGAAAUUAUUUCGAGGAAUUAUGAAUUCCACAAGUUUUGAUCUGUCGAUUACAGUUUUAGAUAUUUCCUGUCUCACUCGAUUAGCUCCGCGAAUAAAGUUGUCAUGCAAAUCGGUGAACUGACAAUACGCGGUUUUUUCGGGCCCAGCAGUCACGUAACUGAAACGCAAGGUUUUUUUCAACAAAAAAAACUGAAAGGCAAGCGAAAACGUCCAAAAAAGUGAAAUUACACACUGAUAAAUCUGUGUCAUCCCAUUAAAUGCAUUCACCGCUUUCGUUGUUUACAUUUUGAAGAGAGUGUUCGCUCUUGAUUGCAGAGCGCAGGUUUUGAUAAUACUGAAUGGAUAAAACGUGCUAAUAAAUACCUUCCGCAGCAAUUCUUUAAACACCAAGUUAUUUUCAAGGCAAGGGAGUAUUUAAUAAAAAGAUACCAUAGGAGACCAGGUAUUUAUAAGCAAUAGUCAACUUCAAAUUUAUCAGGCUUGUUUCGUUUGUAAUACAGUGCGUGACCGAAAAUAUGUUAUGCAACCAGAGUUGUCCGCCACACUUAAAAGACUUGUAAGCGUUCCCACAGACCGCAACAAAUUUAACAGGAAGGUCCGAGUAUUUUAAUGCAUAUUUUUAAUACUCAUCAGGUAACAAUGGGGAUUAAAAAGUCAAUCAAGCAACAAAAUUCGAAACAAAAGAGACAUAUCGCACCUAAAUCAAAGGAAUUCCGCUCGUGGAUUCUUCGGAAGGUAAUCGACAAUGGCAAGAACAAUAGCCUGAAUAUAUGAAUACUUGAUAACCCCAAAAUUUGGGGUACACACUUAAAUUGGCGUGAAGUUGUAAUGGUCAGGUACACCAGGUACACACAGCCACACAAAACACGCACACAAAAAAAAAACAGAAAAAAGCUAGUAAAUAAGUAAAGACAAAAAGGGAAGACAGCAAAAGAAAACUUAUAGCGCCAGUAUCAAGCAACGGAGAGCCAGAAAAAAUAUAUUGUUGAAUAAGAAUUUAUUUUAGCAUAUUCUUAAAGCGUUUGGGAGGAAGGAGCUUGAUGUAAUGUCUUCAAUAAAGAAAAAAGACUUUACUCGCAGUCAUUUUCUGAGCUACUCUUAAGCACAAGAAAUUGUAACUCAGCAAUGACAUCUUUUUACCAGCAAAAGUUCGUUAACAGAGUCCACAAACUGCAUUGUGCCCCUGUAACUGAUAAAUGGUGGGAAAAUAUGACAGAGGAACUGUGGGCCCAAUUUGCUAAUGACAAUCUUACUGUUUGUAGCGAUUUUUUUUUCACUUAGACCAUAAUAAUGCUCCUUUUUUUUUACUGUUUGUAGCGAUGGCCAGUGUGACUCUCCUUUGCCAAAAACCUCUGUUGCUACGUAAUGGAGAUGAUGAGUGCCUAUGUUAUUGA